UAUCUGCGCCUGGAUUUGUUUGCUACUUUCCACGGCGCACUUUUAGCCCAAACUGUAGGUUACCAUCGUUAAUGUGACAGUAGAUUUCAUGCAUUUAGUUUAUAGUCAAUAUACUAAAUAAUAAUGGCGUACAUUCAGAUAUCGAAAGUCUUUUGUCGGAAUUUAAUGUCAGCAGCGAGGCAGACGUGCAGAUUUUCAGAGGGCAAUUGGUUCAAGCACACGAACAGGACGGAGUCUCAGUCAGCCGUGUUGAGGCUGACCUUCCACGGGAGACACCACGUCGAACCUGUUGCGUGUAGAUAUCUUCAUUGCUCCUUGCAAUCACGCAGAGGUUUUACUCUAGAUUUCAGAGCAAGAAAUAAAAGCGAGGAGUCAGACUCUGGACAGAAAUCAGUAUACAAAUACCAGAGUGGGAGCCCAAAGCCCUCCGCCGCACGCAAAGUAAAAGAAGCUGGCCGCGAUUUCACUUAUUUGAUAAUUGUACUCAUCGGGCUUGGAGUUACAGGUGGUCUUCUGUAUGUGGUCUUCCAGGAAUUAUUUUCUUCCUCCAGUCCAAAUAAAGUAUACGGGAAAGCGUUCAACAAAGUCAGAUCAGACCCAGAGGUAAUUGGUGCAUUCGGCGAACCAAUCAAGUGUUAUGGUGAGACGACUCGUCGAGGAAGAAGACAGCAAGUCAGUCAUAUGGAGUACUUGAAGGACGGACUGAAGCACAUGAGACUGAAGUUUUACAUAGAGGGAUCUGAACCGGGCUUAAAAGGCACAGUGCACUCUGAAUCAAAAGAGAAUCCUGAAUCUGGAAAAUAUGACUUCCGCUACAUAUUCGUGGACAUAGACACAUACCCAAGACGGACCAUCAUUGUUGAAGAUAACCGAUAACAGCGCCAAACAACAAAAUGAGAGGACUACUUAAUGGAGAUAGUUCACUGGCUAAUAAUUGUAAAUGUUAUUGUGUAUGUUGUAAAUGUGAAAACAAAAGUAAUAUUGGUGAUUAAAAGCAUUUUAAACAAACACCAGUAUUUACUUGUUUUAAAUCACAAAAACGUGCGAUUUCCAUUCCACAAUAACGGCUAUUUAAACGUAACAAAGCGUCGACGGACGUAAAAAAAAAUAAUAAUAAUGUUUCCUAUUGUUAGUGCUUGAAUAUGUUUGGAAUCGAUUAGUAAUACUAUCAAGUUGAAAUAAUCAAAUCCACUGUACGUAGCCAUCUAUGACUCGCGAUUGUUUGUGCUCCUUUGUUCUUUCUGUAGAACGCCUCAAUUACUGAAAAAGAUUUUUAUCUCUUUAGUGUGAGUUUGUG